AACAGAACAGGGUGAGAGGUCCUGCUAUCAGCCAUGGCGGACGUGCAGUCGGAGGUGCCUACCCAGCCCGAUGUGGACGCGGAAGAGCCGCUCCUGAGCAACCUGGACAUCCUGCUCUUCUCACUCAUCGCCGGCCUGCUCAUCUACUGGUUCACCUUCCGCAAGAAGCCGGAACCCAUCCCCGAGUUCAAGAAGCUUGACAUUCCAGCCCCCAGCACCAGGGAAACCAGCUUCAUCGAGAAGAUGAAGAAAACCGGCCGAAACAUUGUGGUGUUCUACGGCUCCCAGACGGGCACGGCCGAGGAGUUUUCCAACCGGCUGUCCAAGGAUGCCCAGCGUUACGGCAUGAAGGGCAUGGCUGCGGACCCUGAGGAGUACGACUUGUCAGAGCUGGCGCGUUUGUCGGAGAUCGACAACUCUCUGGCCAUCUUCUGCGUGGCCACCUACGGCGAGGGCGACCCCACGGACAAUGCCCAGGACUUCUACGACUGGCUUCAGGAGGGUGACGCCGACCUCGAUGGACUCAACUUCGCCGUGUUUGCGUUGGGAAAUAAAACCUACGAGCACUACAAUGCCAUGGGCAAAUACGUGGACAAGAGACUGGAAGAGCUGGGAGGCAAGAGAGUGUUUGACCUCGGCAUGGGAGACGACGACGGCAACCUGGAGGAGGACUUCGUUUCGUGGAGGGAGCAGUUCUGGCCUGCCAUGUGUGAGCACUUUGGUGUGGAGGCCACUGGCGAAGAGUCCAGCAUCCGUCAGUACGAGCUGAAGUUGCAUGAUGACCUCAACAUGAACAAGGUGUACACCGGAGAGCUGGGCCGACUCAAGAGCUUCGAGAGCCAGAAACCGCCCUUUGACUCUAAAAACCCCUUCCUGGCGCCAGUGACGGUGAACCGUAAACUCAACAAAGGGGGCGACCGGCACCUCAUGCACCUGGAGCUGGACAUCUCCGGAUCCAAGAUCAGGUAUGAGUCAGGAGGAGUCCAAUAAGAAGCACCCGUUCCCCUGCCCCACUACCUACCGCACUGCUCUGACCCACUACCUGGACAUCACGCACCCUCCGCGCACCAACGUGCUCUACGAGCUGGCCCAGUACGCCACCGACCCCAAGGACCAGGAGAACAUGCGCAAGAUGGCCUCCUCCUCCGCCGAGGGCAAGGCGCUGUACCAGAGCUUUGUGCUGGACCCGUCCAGGAACAUCCUCGCCAUCCUUGAGGACAUGCCGUCUCUGAAGCCCCCUGCUGACCACCUGUGUGAACUGCUGCCUCGCCUGCAGGCGCGGUACUAUUCCAUCGCCUCCUCCUCCAAGGUGCACCCCAACAGCAUCCACAUCUGCUGCGUGGUGGUGGAGUACGAGACCAGCACGGGCCGCACCAACAAGGGCGUGGCCACCAACUGGCUGAAGAACAAGCUGCCCACCGACAACGGGCACAAGGCCACCGUGCCCAUGUACGUGCGCAAGUCCCAGUUCCGCCUGCCCUUCAAGGCCAGCAACCCGGUCAUCAUGAUCGGACCCGGCACGGGCAUCGCCCCUUUCAUGGGCUUCGUCCAGGAGCGCGGCUGGUUAAAGGAGCAAGGAAAAGAUGUUGGUGAGACGGUGCUGUAUUUUGGCUGCCGGCACAAGAAGGAGGACUACCUGUACCAAGAGGAGCUGGAGGAGUUUGAGAAGACGGGGGUUCUGACCAAGCUUGACGUGGCCUUCUCCAGAGACCAGGAGCAGAAGGUGUACGUCCAGCACCUCAUAAAGAAUAAUAAGGAGGAGAUCUGGAACCAGGUCCACUCUCAAAGUGCACAUAUCUACAUUUGUGGGGAUGCUCGUAACAUGGCGCGAGACGUUCAGGCGGCGUUCUACGAUAUCGCCGAGGAGCUGGGAGGCAUGACGCACACCCAGGCCACCGACUACGUCAAGAAACUGAUGACCAAGGGGCGCUACUCGCAGGACGUGUGGAGCUAAAUGCCUACCCCCCCACCCACCCCCUCCUCCAAGCACCAGCCUCCUCCCCUGCACAGUACUACAGGGGGUAGUACCAGGGGGCUGGACACAAGUCUCUCUUCUACAGUUAUUUUUAGUUUUGAAUUUUUUGUUUUUGUCAUUGUUGGUUUUUACAUGUUUCUUGAGACCACAUGUGCACACCAAAAACAGUCUGUUAAGAUUGGUUAGGUGAGCAGUGCUUUGGGCUGACUCCAUAAACUCACUGUACAUACGAUGGGGGGGUUGCAAUGUGCUGAACGUGGACCAAAUCUCACUUCCGCAGUGACCAGAAGCUUGAGGAGGAUUUAUUAGAGAUAUCAUGCGUGUAAAGUUGUGUAGAAACAUUUUCUGUGCAAAUAAUUAACUUUAUAUCAUCACUGUUUGCAUAAUCAAUCCAUGCAGAGCUUGACGGGGAGCCUUUGAAUGUAGCCUUUGACAUUAUGCAUAGUUCCAGUGGCUGUACAAUGCAUUUAUUUUUUUAAUUGUGUACAGUAAUUGGCAACAGCCACCGCAUAUUGUAAUGCAGAAUCAGUUGAAGGCAUAGGAUGACUCAUUUGGUCUAUCAUGGAGCUUCUUAUACGGGAAGCUAUGAGGCUGCCUUUUAUGGAUUGUCACCCUCUUUUUGACUUUCAAGUGAGAGAUACAUAGAUGGGUGGAUGGAUAGAUGAAUAGGUAGAUAGAUAGAUAAAUAGAUGUUAUUCAUCCUGAGAGGGAAUGCAAUGUUUCUAAAGUACAUGCAGACUGCAGAGGGGGGAUCCUGGCUCAAAUGAAAGUCACCCUGGGCACACGGUUAUUCAACACUAUUCUGUUUACUUUUCUUUUGAAGUAAUUCUGUGUUUUCAGCUCAUCAGUCACUUCAAUGCUUCCAAUUUGAAUGCAAAAAAAGUUCCCUCAGAACUGCCCUUAUUUCCCCAAUGUAUCACUAUUGUUUGGAAGAGCUCCCAGAGAAGGAUGAGGAUGUAUUUGGUCAUGGUUAUUCAUGUACUGUAAUUAGAAGCCUGUGAAUUAAUUUUAUUCCGUUUUAGAUGUUUGUAUGUCUCUCUCUCUCUCUAAGUCUGAUGCACAUUCUUGUCCAACAUUUUAAAUGGUGCACUUAAGAAAUGGUUUGUUUUGUUGUUAGUUUCACUGAUUGGUGGCUAUUAACAUGGGCUCACUAUGUUCUUGGGUGAAUGCAAGUGUGUCCAAUGAUCACAUUUGAGUGACUUUUAAAAGGAUGGGAUGGGGGAUGUGAUGAGUAAUAUGAACUUUGGAACCUCCUCUCUUUCUCGUCAAGGAAAUUACGUCUUUUCCCCAGUCAGACCCCACAACUUUAUUGUAGACAAAGUGAAUUAGUGCCUUAUUAUAUAGCUUGCCUUCUUUUAACUUGUAUCAUGCAGGUAAUACAAGAGUUAGGUACAUUGAUACUUGCUGUUAUUUUUCUGUCAGCACCAUCAACUUUUAUAUGCAAUUUUCCUAUGUAUUAAUAUAACUAAGGCAUGUCUUUCUAAAUGAAUAAAACUGUGAUUAAAA